GUGACAAAAUGAACCCUAGUGACUUGGUGAAGCUGAUUGAGAUUCUGGACCCUUCGAACAAACCUGGAAGGAUCACCAUAAUUACAAGGAUGGGGGCAGAGAACAUGAGAGUGAAGUUGCCUCAUCUCAUCCGUGCUGUUCGCAAUGCUGGAUUGAUUGUCACAUGGAUUACUGAUCCUAUGCAUGGAAACACCAUCAAGGCCCCUUGUGGCCUGAAGACUCGUCCAUUCGACUCAAUUCUGGCUGAAGUGCGCGCAUUCUUCGACGUGCAUGAUCAAGAAGGAAGUCACCCAGGAGGCAUCCACCUUAAAAUGACUGGGCAGAACGUGACCGAGUGCAUUGGUGGAUCAAGGACUGUGACCUUCGAUGACCUGAGCGACCGCUACCACACCCACUGUGACCCAAGGUUGAACGCCUCCCAGUCCCUGGAGCUCGCCUUCAUCAUUGCAGAGAGGCUUAGGAAGAGGAGGAUGCGGUCGGGGCUCAACAACAGCCUGCCUCUGCCACUACUGGCUUUCUAAGUAGCCGAAGCUGAACAGAGAAGGUAGAGGGAUAAUUGCGGCGACUCGAAAGAUUACGCCUAUUUAUUUGUUGAUGCUUGGUGUGGAGGCCUGGUGGGUGCUCUUGGCACAAGUUACAUGCUGGAGAAC